GUCAACUCAACCACUAACAAAACUAUUCGUUGAGAGAGGACCAGUGUGACAUUCUACAGUCUGGACUAAUAAAGACGCGUAUAAACCGCGAAUGGGACAUCUGAUCACUCUUGCAACGUGCUCUCUCAAUCAAUGGGCACUCGAUUUCGACGGCAACCUGAAGCGUAUCCUGGAGAGCAUCAGGAUAGCCAAGGAACGAGGUGCAACACUUCGCGUCGGGCCCGAACUUGAGAUUCCAGGCUAUGGCUGUCUCGAUCAUUUCUUGGAGGGUGAUACUCAUCUGCACUCCUGGGAGGUUCUUGCGCAGAUCCUGGAGGGCGGCGCAGCUCAGGGGAUUGUCUGCGAUAUCGGCAUGCCCGUCGUCCACAAAAAUGUGAUUUACAAUUGCCGUGUGAUUAUUCACGAUAGGCGCAUCCUCCUCAUUCGCCCGAAAAUGUGGCUGGCGAAUGAUGGUAAUUAUCGAGAACUUCGAUAUUUCACGCCAUGGCAGAAGCAUCGUCAAACCGAAGACCACUAUCUACCUCGCAUGCUCCAGAAAGUCACCGGUCAGAUCAAAGUUCCUUUUGGCGAUGCAGUCGUCAGCACUACAGACACUUGCAUCGGUGUCGAGCUUUGCGAAGAACUGUUCACCCCAGCCAGCCCUCAUAUCCUUAUGGGCCUCGAUGGAGUUGAGAUCUUCACGAAUUCUUCUGGUAGCCAUCAUGAGCUUCGCAAGCUCCACACGAGGGUUGAACUCAUUAAGGAAGCUACGCAAAAGCUUGGAGGUGUCUACCUAUACGCUAAUCAACAGGGUUGUGACGGAGAUCGCUUAUACUACGAUGGAUGCGCUAUGAUUGCGGUCAACGGCGUAAUCGUCGCGCAAGGCUCUCAAUUCUCCCUCAAUGAGGUUGAAGUUGUAACGGCUACCGUCGACGUCGAAGACGUUCGCUCUCAUAGGGCAGGGAAGAAUAGCCGCUCCAUGCAAGCAGCUGGUGCAGAGCGUUACCAACGCAUCGAGGUGGAUUUCCCAUUAAGCUCUGCUGAGAAGGUGGACGCCGAUCUGAUUGGCGAAGUGCAUGUCGAGGAGACGGACAAGGGAGCUCUUGGCCUCGGCUUUGAGCUGCAAUAUCAUAGGCCUGAGGAAGAGAUCGCGCUUGGACCAGCAUGUUGGCUUUGGGACUACCUUCGACGAUCGCGUACCCAGGGCUACUUCGUUCCACUCAGCGGGGGCAUUGACAGCUGUGCGACAGCCACGAUUGUUUAUUCCAUGUGCCGGCUGGUAGCAGAAGCUGCAUCUCGCGGAGACGAAAAUGUCAUUGCAGACGCGCGCCGCAUGACGGGAGAGCCGGCCGAAUCUACCUACGUCCCUACAGACCCUCGCGAGUUUUGCAACAGGAUAUUUCACACAUGUUAUAUGGGCACCGAAAACUCCAGCACGGAAACAAGGGGCAGGGCGAAAGAGCUUGCGGACGCUAUCGGAAGUUAUCAUGUGGAUCUCAAUAUGGACACGGUGGUGACCUCCGUACGCGACCUGUUCGGCUUCGUGACUGGCCUGCGUCCGAAGUUCAAGGUCCACGGGGGAUCCGAGGCGGAGAAUUUCGCGCUGCAGAACAUCCAAGCGAGGCUGCGUAUGGUAUUGGCAUAUAUGUUCGCUCAGCUACUUCCUUGGGUUCGAGGGAAGUACGGCGGUCUGCUGGUGUUGGGCAGUGCCAACGUUGAUGAGAGUCUGCGAGGAUACCUCACCAAAUAUGAUUGUUCAUCGGCCGACGUCAACCCGAUUGGGGCUAUCAGUAAGACGGACUUGAAGAAGUUCAUCGCGUACGCUCGCGACGCUUUCGAGCUCCCAGUACUUGAUACGUUCCUCAACGCUGUACCUACGGCUGAACUCGAACCCAUCACGGAGACCUACGUGCAAUCCGAUGAGGCUGACAUGGGCAUGACUUACGAGGAUCUAUCUGUGUACGGCCGUCUGCGUAAGAUCGAUAAAUGCGGGCCCUUCAGUAUGUAUACCAAGCUGCUAGUUCAAUGGGGAACCAGACUUUCUCCUCUCCAAAUCGCGGAGAAGGUCAAGUUAUUCUUCUUCCACUAUGCUCGGAACAGGCACAAAAUGACGACGCUCACGCCGUCGUACCACGCUGAAUCGUAUAGUCCGGAUGAUAACCGUUUCGACCUGCGGCCGUUCCUCUACCCAGUGCGAUUCCCUUGGCAGUUCCGCAAGAUCGACGAGCUGGCGAAGUCGCUGCCGGACAAAUCCAAGAAAUCCGACUAGAACUCAAACAGAUAUAGCCAAGUAUAACGAAGAAUACAAAUGUUGUUGUACAGUGUAUGCGUAGAUUACAGAUGCGUGGUCCAGAGCAAUGCAACGUCGGAAUCAUCUGAGAGAUCGUGGCGCUCAGACUCCUGACCGGAACGCGGAAACCGCUGAUGCAGCGUUCACAAUCUUGGAGAACGUGCUUUGCACGGUUACCUUCUUCAUGAUCGUCGGUUCCGGAGGAUCCGUCAGAUUCUCUUCCUUCACCUUCCUUCGUAUGCUAUCCAUCACCUCGUUUGCCGCACUGCGAUCGAAGUCCCCCCUCGCCCUCAUCAGCCCCUCCACGAACGCCAGGUUCGGGCCGUGGACCUUGGCGAAUUGCCAAUAAGAGAGGAACACGAGGCUCUUCGACGCCUCAAGCAUCGCGAGGAUCAUCUCCAGUACCUCAAAAUUGACCUCAAGCUCCUUCGGCGGCUUGAGCGUCGCGAAGUAGCCAAACGCCGCGCUCACGUCGUCCUUGAUCCGGUUUGUCGCUGCUGGCAUACGAAGCUUGCUCGCAUUGCCCAGCGCCGUGAUGUAUGUGACGAGGAAGUGCUCGAGCAGGUCCUCGACGAGGAUCUCGAGCAACUGCGGGUUGAGGUACUCUUGGUAGUCGUUCGUGUAGUCGCGCAUGGUCUCGACGAUCUGCACAGCGAUGCCGUCAUACCACUCGGCCUGGAAGAGUUUCCGCACGGCGGACUUCAGAUCAGUGAAGAUGAUGUCUAUCAGCGUCUGCGUGCACUUUUUGGCCACGUCGAGGUAACCGUCAAUCGCGUCAUUAAGCUUUUCGCUGAUCUGUGUGCUAUAUUUCUGCGAGACCAGUGGUUCGAGUCGGCCGCUGAGCGCCUCUGCGUAAUCCGCGGACUUGAUUUGAUCGUUUGCGAGGGCGAUAAGGUAUUCCACCAGCCCAUCGGGGCUUUCCUCGGGCUUCUCGACAUGGCGCUUAAGCUCGACGUCGAUCACCUUGACCCAUUGGCUCUGUAUACUCCGCAUGACCCUGUUGACGUCCCCAAUCACGCGUGCGAGGAUGAGUCCCUGGCCAGACUCUAUCGCGAGGUCGCACUGCUGGUUAACCAUCUGGAAGAGGAUGACGGCGCCCUGAGUUCCGUACAACCCGUCGCCAUCGACUUCGGGCGGUUCCGCGCGGGUGGUGAAUGCCUCGACCUCGGUCUUCAUCAGGUUCGCGGACCACUCGUCGAGUUUGGCGACGAUGAGCUGGAGGUAAUCGUCGAUAAGCGACUGCUCCUUGCCGUCGAGCAAUGGUGGCUCGAGGAGCUCCGGCGGUACGCUCAGUUCCUGCAUGUUCUUCUUGUACUCCUUGAUCCAGCCGUGAAGCUCGAGCAGCACGCUGGCCUCGGGCGCGGAUUCGAUCAGGCGCUUGAGCGUCGUAUUGAGCGCGCGGUGGUACUCGCGCACGAAGAGGGAGUGUAUAUCGUACUCGGGCGGGAAGCACGGCACGACCUCCUCCUCGAUCACAAUCAGGUCACGAUAGAGCCAUUUACCGAGCCCGUCGAGGAACGCGCCCGGGUCGCGCUCGUCCUGCUCGUACGCGGCGGUGAACUUGCGCUUGAUUUCGUCCGUGAUCGCCUUUGUGAUCUUGGAGCGGUAGUGCUUGAUGAGGCGCGCGUUGGCCUGCAUCGACUUGAACUUGGACGCGGCGUCCAUCUUGGCGGCUUUCUUGACGAGGCGAAUCGCGAUCGCCUUCUCGUCUUCGCGUCCCUCAAUCUCGGCAAUCUUGACAAGCUUGACGAUGACCUCGGGAUGUCCCGCGCGUACGAGAGGUAAUACGUUGGCGGCCAGUGCGAACAUAUAUUCAUCGAAAGCCUCGAUCAAGCGGUUGAGGCGUUCGAACCACUUAUUAAGCGUGUCGCGCGACUGUGCUGAGGCCUUCUUCGCCUGGUGCAGCGUCUGGUUGCGGAACGCCUCGAGUUGAUUAAGUUGCAAGUGGAUGGCGAGCAGGUUGGGUGAGCCGCCAAGAAGGUCGGCACGAUCGGCGUCGAGGAGGCGCUCUAGCCGAUCGAGCUGGGCAGACAUGGCGAGUAGGUUGGAGACCAUCUCUUCGGUCUGCUCAAAGUUACGAUGGACCAUAGACACCCUGCUGAUCUGGUCGAACGUCCGGACGACAUUCUUGGGGUCGCUCGACAUUCUAUCGAUAGUUUCCAUCUCAUCGCGCAGAGCCUGUACAUUGUUUCGCGUCCCGAAAAGCUUUCGUAGCCCAGUGCGGGUCGCGUCGAGUUGGUCCUUGACGCCGGCCUGGAGACGAGCGUCGAUGGACGCCUUCUCCUUCUCGAGUCGCUUGCGAAAUGCGGCGAUCUUGAGCAGGUCUUCCGGGGACUGCAGGUACUCGCCCACAGCCUGGGCGGCGGACAUGGUCGGUGCUGAGAGCGUCGCGGCGGCUGCCAUCGUGGUCACUGGUCACUGUGCAGC